ACUUUCACUGUUAGGAGUUCGUAGUUGUGUUGAUAUCACAGUACCAAGUAGUUUGUCUUUCUAGUGACAAAGUUGUCUAGAAUAUGAGGGACUCAGGCAGACAUCAAAAUAAACGUGUUAAGGAGUUCAUGUAACUCGUAGUCAUUGUGGGAUCAGGCACAUGGUUAAUUGGUUCAAAGAAAAAGUAAAGCAACCCACAAAUUUAUAAGGGUUGAAAGAAUGUUGAAAUGGUUUGCACAUGGAGCAGCUGUUUGGUGGGGUUGGGGGAGGGGCUUGGGAGAGGCUGGAAGUCAGUUGGACCUUCUACCUGAGAGAGUGGACCUGCUUCUCUUUGAGGAAUGCCUGGUGUGCAGAGUCCUGGAGCUGCUUCUCUAGCAUGGAAUCUAACCAUGGUUUCAUGGAAGGGGAUUUACUUUAUAUUCUUCCUGUUUGCCGGAAGCUUUUUUGGAAGUAUUUUUAUGCUCUGUCCCAUUUUACCUUUGAUGCUUAUAAACUUGUCAUGGUAUCGUUGGAUUAGCAGCCGCCUUGUGGCUACGUGGCUCACGCUUCCUGUGGCAUUGUUGGAGACCAUGUUUGGUGUCAAAGUAGUCAUAACAGGUGAUGCAUUUGUACCUGGAGAGAGGAGUGUUAUUAUCAUGAACCACCGGACACGAGUGGACUGGAUGUUCCUGUGGAAUUGUCUAAUGAGGUACAGCUACCUCAGACUGGAGAAGAUUUGCCUCAAAUCCAGUCUCAAAAGUGUUCCUGGAUUUGGCUGGGCCAUGCAAGUUGCUGCCUUUAUCUUUAUUCAUAGGAAGUGGAAGGAUGAUAAGAGCCAUUUUGAAGACAUGAUUGAUUAUUUUUGUGCUAUCCAUGAACCACUACAACUUCUCAUUUUUCCAGAAGGAACUGACCUCACAGAAAAUAACAAGGCUAGGAGUAAUGAUUUCGCUGAGAAGAACGGACUUCAGAAGUAUGAGUAUGUCUUACAUCCAAGAACCACUGGCUUUACUUUCGUGGUGGACCGUCUAAGAGAAGGUAAGAACCUUGAUGCUGUUCAUGACAUCACCGUGGCAUAUCCUUACAACAUCCCUCAAACUGAGAAGCACCUUCUCCUUGGAGACUUUCCCAAGGAGAUCCACUUCCAUGUCCAUAGAUACCCAGUCGACACUCUUCCCACAUCCAAGGAGGACCUUCAGCUCUGGUGCCACAGGAGGUGGGAAGAAAAGGAAGAGAGGCUUCGCUCCUUCUACCAAGGAGAGAAAAACUUUCACUUCACUGGGCAGAGUACAGUUCCACCUUGCAAGUCUGAGCUCAGAGUCCUUGUGGUCAAGCUUCUGUCCAUACUGUACUGGACCUUGUUCUGCUCUGCAAUGUGCCUGCUCAUAUAUCUGUACAGCCCUGUUCGGUGGUAUUUUAUAAUCAGCAUUGUGUUCUUCGUGCUGCAGGAAAGAAUAUUUGGUGGACUGGAAAUCAUUGAACUUGCAUGUUACCGUUUUUUACACAAGCACCCACAUUUAAAUUCAAAGAAAAAUGAGUAGGAUGGUGGCGUUCACCGUGUGAAAACCUAGGGUUGUCACGGGAAUGUCAGUCUUUGUAAACUGAGAUGAGUUUUGCAUGACUAUGUCAAAUGUUUCUUACUAUCAUCAUUCUUUGUUAAAGGUACUUUGCACUUAAUUUUUUGGGGAAAUAUUGCUAUGGUUUCUUUAAAAUCUCUAAUGUAAUUCCAAUGCUGCGUAUGUAGCAGGGGUCAAUCGCUGUGAAUAGCUAGGGCCAGAGUAUUAGAAACAAUCACCAAGCUGUUGAGACAAAAUGCAAGCUUUCCUGAAAGGACCAACCUGUUUCUGACAGACUCUCAGCUCAGAGGCAGCCCUGGCACAUGAAUACCAGCCCCAGUACAUCUAGGCAGGCAGUAGACUACCUCCCCCUGGGGCACAGUCCAUUCUUCAAUUCUUUUAUACCAAUCAAACCCAGAGGUGGAAUUGCCUUGUCCUAAACUGAUCACCAUUGCUAGGGAGCCCUCCAUCACUAAUAGUCUCUUAUGCUGAAUGAGACGGAAAAAGACCCCCUUUUCUCACCACAAAAUCACAUCCGCACUCAGCUCAGGGAGCACCUUCAGGCUUUCCACUUGGCUUUUAAAAGACAGAAACUGGUGCAGCUUGCUUUUCACUCACACUCAGUCCUGCCUUCCUGAUGGUUACCAGGUGUAACUUCAUCUUUAGUGUGUACUGGCACAUGUAAAGAUGCAUUAGAAGAACAUCUGUAGUUCAGACAAACUGGAAGUCUGUCCUGUGCAUGCAGGGUGUCUACCUUCUGCCAUUAGAGCUACAACAAACAUGCCUGCAGACAGGAUGGUUUAGCUAAAGCCCCCAAACAUGAUAACUUUACUCUUAAAGCAAAAAAAUGCUAACUCAGAAUGAACUCUUUCCGUGAUAGCAAGGACAUAUCUCUCAACAGUUACAUUUAAAUGCACGCUGACCAACUGUCUGCCAAAUAUCCCUAUCAUUUGGAAGCAAUGACAACAUAGCAAACCAAUAACAAGCACCCAGUGUCCUGGGUAAGAGACUCCUGUGGCCAUUGUUUCCGCUCCACUGAGUCAUGUGAUUGGGGCAGGGGCAGAGGCAUAUAAGCUUCCCCACCCCUGUGUCUGACAGUCUCAACAGCUAUUACUACCCUGUAUACUCAGACAGGAAUCUUCCCUUUUUAAUGAUGUCAGCACGCAUCUGUACCUAGUAAGGACUUACUCAGCUUGCCAAGCACAUUGUCUGAGAAAGCCCAGUUGGGACAGAACACCAUUAGCAUAUCAUGGUUAAGUCUGUUUUUUUGAUGUUUGUGCAUGUGUUAGUGGGAGAGUGCUAACUGGUGCCUCUGGAGAAACAUGCCAGCCCCUGUUUAACUACUCCAUCGAAGCUCACUUUAAUCCUGCUGGGAACUUACUAAUUAGUAGCCAUGCACACCUGCCCUCAACACAGCUGUUUGACUAUAGUUUUUAAGGCUUUACACACAUACACACACGUACAUGUACAACCCUUCCACCCCCUUUUUUCCUUUCCCUUAAUGAGAAAGGCUUCCAUUUUAAGUUUCUCUGAUGGAUCACAUUUAAAUGUGGGAAUAGCUAGCAGUCUGUUGCCCAGGUAAAAGGGAAAUGCUGUCCUCUGCCCACAGUGCUUGGGCUCUGUUAACAGUGCCGGCCAUCUCACUGGGCAUCCAUAGACUCUCUGUCUCUUGUUCUUCCCUUUGCCCUCUUCUGAUCAUAGAAAAUAUUAAGGUAGAAAAUACCUUAAUUUUACUUUACCCUAAAUUCAUAAUACUAAGUAUAGCACUAAAACUAGAGAAUGUGGAUACUCUACUUGCUUUAAGAGAAAUUUCUCCCAAAGGGGAAAAUAAAAGUGUUUAAAUUAUAAUUAUUUGCUCUUACAUAUAUGUUUAACUGUGUUAAAACUGUUUAUUUAAUUUAAAACUACAUAUAUAGCUAAUGCUUUUGAGCUUGGAACUGCUUUAAGUCAAUACUUGAACAUCAGGUCUAAGCAGAUGUGGCCUUGAUGGUUGUCAGCCAGGGUUCAGCCUCUCAGCCCUGCUCCAGCAGACCCUGCUUCUGCUCCCUGUGCAGAUAAGCCUAAUAGGCCAGUGCUCAUAGCACUAGUUGGCUAGUUGAUCCCAUUCAAAGAGAUUUUACAUAUAGUAGUUGUGGGUUAUUUAUAAUGUGAACCAUUUCACUUUAAAAUAUGGACUGAUAUAGAGGGGAACUGGCUUGGUGGUAAGUUCCCACAUUAGGUAUCUUUUGACAAAACAAACCCAAGGAAUCCUAAACUCUAGUCAGGCAACAUGGUGGGGGAGACUGAAAAUGAAAUAGAAAUAUAUCUGCAAGAGCUUAUCACUUAAGACUCUCCCUAAAAUCCUGCCUCUGUAUGCGUGCAGAACAAACCCGAGAAAGAAGCAGCACCUUCUACUCGUGUUCUAAUGGUGACCACUCCACAUGCAGACCCUAUGUUGGUACAAGUGUCAAUUCUGCAGACUGGUUCCCAUUUCACUGGCUCUCAAGCCAACAAAGAUGAUCUAGAACAGUCACAAUAAAGACUAGCAGAGGGAGCCUGUUGGUGUUAAAUUGUUUACAUUUCUUUAUAUACAAUAGUGUGCUUUCAGUGCCUUAGUUAUGGGUCCCUUUCUUUUUCCUGUUCUAAGAAUUCUAUACCAUGUUCUGUCCUUGUCACUCACUAGGAGGAAAGUGGUGUCUCAACACUGGUCAGUGGUUGACAGAAACAAAACAGAACACUAUGUUGUAACAUGGAGAAGGGAGUUCGGUGCUGAGCUAGGGGCUGCCUAGUUCUUACACAGUGGCAGACAAUUGCUUGACCACAAAAUGGGCUUCAGACCACACGUGGCCCUAAAGGUGUCUUGUACCUACCUAAAAUUUUUAUUUCACAGUUUUGGUUUUGGUAACUCCUUUUUAAAAGAUCAUUACAUGGAGAACACCAAGUUUUAAUAAUAACUCACAGAAUGGCCUUAGCUUCAGUGUCCACUGGGAUGUUUGUGUAUUACCUGUAAAAUGCAUCCAGAAUAAAGUGGAGUGAAUUACAUGGUUCAAAA